AUGCGCAACGCAGACAAGCUUCCAAACGGCGUUGGUUUCCAUUCCUUCAGAAUCCCCGCUGCAGUUACUACAACUACCGGUCGCAUCCUCGCAUUCGCCGAAGGUCGGCGGCACAACAAUCGAGACUACGGAGACGUCAAUCUCGUCUACAAGCGCACCAAGACCACCAAGAGCCACGGUGAUAGCCCCAGCGACUGGGAUUCCCUCCGAGAGGUGGUCGGAAAGGGAGAUGGCACUUGGGGAAACCCCACGCCUGUGGUUGACGGAAACACCAUUUAUUUGUUCCUAAGCUGGAACCACGGCGACUACAGCCAAAACGGCGGCGACACCCUCCCCAGUGGAAAGAAGACAAACAAGAUCAACAAGUCUUGGGAGGGAAGACGCCAUAUCUUCCUAACCCAGAGCACCGACGACGGCAAGACUUGGUCUGAACCUGUGGACAUGACGAAGCAGCUCACGCCUGACGGAUGGCCAUGGGAUGCCGUUGGCCCUGGAAUCGGCAUUACCCUCUCUUCUGGUGAGCUCGUCGUUCCCGCUCAAGGAAGAAACAUCAUCGGCCGUGGCAAGCCCGGUAAGCGCACAUGGUCCUACCAAUCCCUCAAAGGCGCCGGCUCCGAAGGCACAAUCGCCCAAACUCCAGACGGAAGACUCUACCGUAACGACCGUGCCUCUGCCGAAAACGACUACCGUAAAGUCGCCCGAGGCUCUCUGUCUGCAUUCGGCCCCUUCGUCCUCGACAAGGGCCUCCCAGACCCCGCCUGCGAAGCAUCCACCCUCCUCUACAACAAAAAGGACGCUAACGGCCCAGCGCGCACGCUCUUCAUAAACUCUGCGCACAAGAGCAGCCGGAGACGCAUGCGCGUACGGAUCAGCUACGACGGUGAUGCGAAAAAUUUCAACUACGGGAGGAAGCUCUCUGAUGCUCCCAUCUCUGGUGUUGGGUUUGAGGGCGGCUACUCGAGUUUAACCAAGACGGCGGAUCGUAAGGUUGGUGCUUUGGUUGAGACGGACUUUUACCAGGCUGGCGGGUCGGAGAAGGAUCAUAGGGCGAUUGUGUGGAGGAGAUUCAAUUUGAGUUGGAUUUUGAAUGGUCCAAAUAAUUAG